UGUUUUCCGUAGCCCACAAGCGGUGUUCUGUACAAAGAGGAUAACUACAUCAUCAUGACCACUGUGGAUAAAGAAAAAUAUAAAUGUAUACUUCCACUUAUAUCCAGUGGCAAUGAGGAAGAAGAGAAGGACUACAAAGGUCCUACUCCAGGAGAAUUGUUGGAACCACUUUUUAAGCAAAGUAGCUGUUCGUAUAGAAUUGAAUCUUACUGGACUUAUGAAGUCUGCCAUGGAAAACAUAUCCGUCAAUAUCAUGAAGAAAAAGAAACUGGUCAGAAAAUAAACAUCCAAGAAUACUAUCUUGGGAAUAUGAUGAUAAAGAACCCACUAUCAGAACCAGAUCAAGAAGAAAAGGAAAAUCCAAAAGAGAGUGCAAAAGAGAUACCUACAAAAAAUAUAGAAGGGCAGAUGACUCCGUACUACCCUGUAGAAAUGGGAAACGGCACGCCUUGUAGCUUGAGACAAAACCUACCCCGAUCAAGCACAGUGAUGUACAUCUGCCAUCCAGAAGCUAAGCAUGAGAUCCUCUCCGUAGCCGAAAUCACAACUUGUGAAUAUGAAGUGGUUAUACUGACACCUCUCUUAUGCAGCCAUCCUAAAUAUAGGUUCAGGGCUUCCCCUGUGAAUGACAUCUUUUGCCAGUCACUACCAGGAUCCCCACUUAAACCCCAUAACCUGGAACAGCUGGAGAAACAGCAAGAAUUGAUGAAGAUGCCUUUUAGAAGAGUUAAGGAGGAAGAAAUGCAUUCAACAAAAGAAGAGAAAUUUUCUUCCAUCCAUAAACCAGUUGCUGUUGGAAACCACCAACUAUUGACCGUGGGAACAACCCAUAUCUCCAAACUGACUGAUGACCAGCUUAUAAAGGAGUUUCUUAGUGGUUCCUACUGCUUCCAUGGGGGAGUUGGUUGGUGGAAGUACGAAUUCUGCUAUGGCAAGUAUGUUCAUCAGUACCACGAGGAUAAGGAAAGUGGCAAGACUUCUGUGGUUGUGGGUACCUGGAACAAGGAGGAGCACAUAGAGUGGUCCAGGAAGAAUGCAGCUAGAACCUACUAUCUCAGAGAAGAUGGCACACAGACAGUUAGGAUGGUGUCUCAUUUCUAUGGAAAUGGAGAUGUGUGUGACUUAACAGACAAGCCAAGGCAGGUGACUGUGAAGUUGAAAUGUAAGGAAUCUGAUUCCCCUCAUGCUGUAACCAUAUACAUGUUAGAACCUCAUUCUUGCCAAUACAUUCUUGGGGUGGAGUCUCCAGUCAUCUGUAAAAUUUUGGAUACAGCAGAUGAAUAUGGGCUCCUUUCAGUGCCCAGCUAAAG